GCCGCGCGGACCAGCGAGCCGGGUAGCAGCCGUGAGCCUGCCCGCCCGCCCGCUCGCCCGCCCGCGUGCUGGGGCUGCGGUGGGCCAGGAUGUCGGUCUUCCUAGAGGAGCUGCUGGGCGACAAGCUGGUGACGGGCGGCGGCGAGGAGGUGGACGUGCACUCGCUGGGAGCCCGCGGCAUCGCGCUGCUGGGGCUCUACUUCGGGUGCAGCCUGAGCGCCCCCUGCGCUCAGCUCAGCGCCAGCCUGGCCGCCUUCUACGGCCGCCUGCGAGGGGACACGGCCGCCGGGCCGGGGGCCGGGGCAGGGGCGGGCGCGGCCGCUGAGCCAGAGCCCCCGCACCGCCUGGAGAUCGUCUUCGUGUCCUCGGACCAGGACCAGCGGCAGUGGCAGGACUUCGUGCGGGACAUGCCAUGGCUGGCGCUGCCCUACAAGGAGAAGCACCGGAAGAUCAGAACAUUUCACACGCAAGCAUCCGUUGUCCUGCCUCACACAACACAUCCUGGCUGCUGUGCUGUUUAAGCAGGUGAGACAGACCACGGACCACCAAUUUGCAUGCCGAUGUUUUGAUGGCGUGUCACAAGCAUCCCUAACGUCUGCUCGCCAUUUCGGUACUUUACCUCUUUGUGGACCAGUGGCAAACAACACUCGGAGAAGUGAGUGCUAGAACUCUGCUACCGCCCUGAGCAGGACUUCUCUACGGCCUUCCAGAAUGGAGUGAUAAGUUCAGAAAUACAGUUCUGGGCUGGAGCUGUGUAGCUUACCUGAUGACAUUCACGAGGCUCUGGGCUCAACCCCCAGGACCCUCACAUUCCCUGAAGAAAGAAACAGCUUCACAACUCCUAAUCACCCUCCUGAUGAAGAAGAACUCUUCGGUUCUUGGACGCUUUUGCAGUCAAGUCCAAAGUCCGGCUGCUCGCCUCUCACUGUGGUACCACAGGACUCUAUCACUUGCAUUUCUGGGCUGUGCCAUGUUUUUCUCCGACCUGCCUGGUUUGGAGCUUCCUGCAGUCCCUCUUUUAGAAGCUUUCCUAUCUCUAUCAAGUUGUUUUAAUUAAUUAAUAUCUUUGGGUGCACUGUGUGGCAUGUGGAAGACAACUUGUACCAGUUGGCUCUUGCCAUCCACCAUGUGGGCCCUGGGGAUGGGGCUCAGGUCGUCAGGCUUGAUGGUGAUGGCCGUUACCCAGGGAGACAGCCUGCCAACCUUUGUUGUGUUUUAUAAGGUUUUCUCAGUUCGGUUGAUUUAGGAAAUGACUUUUACAGGUUUCCCCUUCACUUCACUCAGAAUUUCACUUAAGGUUCCACGUGAAAGGCUAUCAUCUUGAAUGGACUCCAGCCUUCACAAGAUGGACUGCAAGUCCUGGGUUUUCUGUGAGUGUCUCCAGAGACCUGUGGUAGCAGCACACAUCUAUAGGUGUGGUACACGGUUUCCUGUCACUUUUCCCUCUAGGUAGACUGUUCUCCUGGAACUCCCUAGACCAGGCUGGCUUCGAACUCACAGAGAUUCACCUGCCUCUGCCUCCUGAGUGCUGUGAGUCAAGGCGUGCGCCACCACACUGAGGCUCCCAUAGAUCUUGUGCAUGGACUUUUGGAAGAUUUCCUAGUGUUUUCCAUCGGACUAUAAGCUCCGUGAAGACAGAAUCCAAAUGAUGGAAGGGGAAAGUGAUCUGUGCCAGGUGCUGGGAAACAGGAUGAUGUCACAGAAAGCAGGUCUGUGACUUUCAGAUUGACAACUCUCGGUGCUUUCCAGAUCACGUGGAUUGAAAUAUGCACUUUCUCCAGGUGUGGUGGCGCAUACCUUUA